AUGAACCACAUUGCUCCAUUGGGUAUUAAGAUACUCAGGCCUAGACCACAAGUAGUUUUUCACCUGGCGGCCAUCGUAUUUAAUUCCUUUUUCUUGAUUCACAUUCUUCUCGUUCUCACCAAUUCAUACUCGAACACCAUUUUGGCGGAAAUCGGACAGGAUUUACCACGCGAACUUGGCACGGGACUAGCAUUGAUAUAUCCAUUUAUGUAUUCAAUACCCAACGAUCGCGGCUCAAAAGCACAAAUGUUAGCGUCAGAGGAUGGCGCGCAAUUGAGAAAAUCGUCAAAUAAGAGUCUCAUUGACUUAACAGGAUUCUUCGUUAUGAUCGCUCCAAUCGCCACGAUGCUUCCCCUGGCCUGCCUCACAGGCUACUAUGCGGAUCAUGAAUUGAUCGCCGAUGCACUUCAACUUUCCAUGAUUCACUCAUUCAUCUGGGCAAUUUGGGUAGCACUAUUUUUGGGAUCAUCGAUAUUCUUUUGGUGCAAACUAAUCUUCAUUAUAUGGAACAACAUUGACGAACUGGAGAGGAAGAGGAAGAAUGAGGGUUCGAACGUGCAAUCUGAGAUCGCGACCUUAAAGAAAGCAGCCAGAAAUGAUUCAAAAUCACUAAAACAUCAUUCAUCCAAAAAUUCAAAAUUUGACUUCCAUUCUACAAAAAGACUGGAUGCGUCGAAGGAUGAUCAGGUGUCAAUUGUUGAAUUUGAUGAGGAAUCCACAAUGCCCGCUAGUCCAACUAGUCCAAUCUCGUUGGAAAAAAAAAAAUUGAAUGAUCGACCGUCAGCCGAACUUCGAACUUCCGUUCAGUCAAAUGACAUUAGUGAAAGUCGCAGGGACAGUUGCGUAAGCGACAGUUCUAGUCGAUUGAGCGAUGGAACGAUCCGGGUAAAUCAAGACAGCGGAGGUGACAACUUCGCUAACAGCAGCAAUGCGAUAGAUUCGAGCGUAUGUGAUUCAACUAGAAUAAUAAGCAGCAGUUCGUGGUCAAAUUCAAGAUUUUAUCCAAGAGGUAGCAAACAGACGUCAAUAUCUACACUAUCCGACCUAAGCCUUUCACCAACAUCGUCGAUAUCGGAUGAGGUUGGGAUGACCAUUUAUCCGUCAUCCUUAACACCACGAAGCAAUUACUUUUUCAAUACGAACCUAACGAGAUCCCAAACCUUGCCGUUGCACCGUCACAAAAGCCAUGAAAGUUCAAUGGGACAAAUCGCCGAAGAAAUGUUGGGAAACAACAAAAACGAUAUUGAUAUUUUUUCAUCGGAUACCAUUAAUAACAAUUUAAUAAGGAGUAAUGUAAACAAUGGUGAAGGAUAUAAUGAUUACUCAAUAACGAGUGACGAUGUCAUAGCAUCGACGAGAGCAUCCCGGGCAAAGUCGGAAGAGGAUUUAACGUUGAGAGGAGAUAGAUCCAACCGUGUCGGUGGAUCGCAUCGAAGCGCAGAAUUAUAUCAACAAGGAGAAUCGGUUUCGAUGGUUAGCAUACCCAACAUGCAAGAUUGGUUGAAGAGACCUGUCUCGACCAUCCCCAGGAAAAAGACAAUAUCACAACUUAAUAAUAAGCAAAUUUGA